AUGAAUCCUCCUCAGAAGGAAUUAAAACUAAGACCACCCAUUCCCCCCUCAGUAUCGAAUAUUAAAACUAAAGACGAUCAUCCUCUAUGGCAAUUUUUCCACGACAAAAAGUAUAUGCGAACCGCAGAUGAACUGAAAGAUGUUGGUGAGCCAUGGUCAGUUCCUCAACUUCGUCGAAAAUCAUUCGAGGAACUGCACACACUUUGGUAUGUGUGUCUCAAAGAGAGAAAUAGACUUCUACGAGAGAGUCGUAUCUAUCAAACUUGGAAUGACCAAGAUCUCCCCGACGACCCGUUCGUGACUGUUUCCGAGACUAUAAAGACCACAAUGUGGAGAGUACGUCAUGUUCUUAGUGAACGAAGUCAUGCUUGGGCUAAUGGUAUUAAGGAGGUUGAAAAUAAUUACACCGAGAUUAUCAAUGAAUUUGAGGAAGACUAUUUAACUGCUGAUGCAGCUGCCGAUAGGGAAAUGGAAGCUAGAUUGGAAAGAUUUCAGUUUGCCCUCUUUGGAAUCAAUCCUAUGUUGGAGGACAAUGUGCCAGACCGUAAUAUCAUCAAGGGACUGAAGGAGGUGGCAAGACUGAAGCUUACACGAUUUGGUGCCUCUGAAUAUGAACAAGGUACUGAACCUAUUAAUAAUAUCCGUGACAUCAAUGAAGCAUUUAUUGUCUUCACUGCUGAACACACUCCUGAGGGUGUGGAAGAUGCCAUCAAAACCAUUCAGGAGUAUAGAGAACAAGGCACUGAUCCAAUUAGUGAAUCUGACGAAUUGACUGCAUUAGCUAAACUCAUGUUCAACUUCGAACAAGAGAAGAUUAGCGUUGGCUCCACCAGUACUAAAGCUGAGGCCGAGCCAACCACCACUGUAUAA